CCCACGUCACCUCAUUUCAUUCGAGUCCAAGUCAGCGGUCCGACUCGACGUUCAAAACAUUCGACAUGAUACUGUUCGUCUUUGGUUUGAUUCUUGUCGUCGGUGGAGCAUUUUCCCAGAAUCCACGGCGAUGCAAUGUACCAAAACAGAUGGAAUUCCGAGCUAACAAGAUCGACCAUCGGGAGAAGACGACAACCCUCUACAAACAAGUGGUGUACGAUGCCGUCAACAAACGCAUCGCCUGGAUCGAAGAAGACAAAUCAUUCUCCCAGAAAGUAGACUACCAUGCUCGCAUCUACCUCUACAACAAGAACAUCGUGUAUGACAUUAACAUCAGCGCACAGACCUGCUCCAAGAAACCCAUCAACAAGCCAUUCCAUGAGUUCCACAUUCCAGCAAACGCCACGUUCGUGGUCGACAUGGCAAUCGGGGGCCCGGGGGAGGAGCUGUUUGGGCAGAUGUGGGCAGACGCAUUCCCAGACCAAAUCGAAUGGUUCGGCGUGUUCAGCCUUAAGAACUGUUUUCCUAUCAGAGAUCACAGAUUUACAAAAGACACGACCAAAGAAGCAUCUUCGAUUUAUUUCUUCGACACUGUAGAAGGAAUAUCGCACCCAGAUAUUUUCAUUCCGCCUGCAUUGUGCAAUGUGUAAACACGCGAAAUGACGGUUUGUUGGCUUCAAUAAAGAUGUUUUUUUUAUCUUGAAACAAA